AUGUCGAACAUCAUCCACAAGGUCAAAGACGCUCUCACCGAUCACGGUGACAAGUCCUCCAGCACCCACCACGACUCGACCAAGUCUUCCAACUAUGGUCCUCAUGACAGCAACAUUGCCAAUGCCGCCGACCCUCGCAUCGACAGUGACCGCAGCAACUUGAACACCCAUAAUACCACGACCACUGGUCACUCUUCCACUCAGCCUCUAGUCACCGGUGCUGGCGUCAACACCUACGACUCUGCUCGCUCCUCCAACUAUGGUCCCCAUGACAGCAACAUGGCUAACAAGGUCGACCCUCGUGUCGACAGUGACCGUGAUGGUCGUGCUGCAUAUGGCGCUCACACUACCUCCACCGGUGUUGGCUCCACUGGCCUGGCUACUGGUACUGGUGCUAAUGCCUACGAGUCUACUCGCUCCUCCAACCACGGACCUCACGAUAGCAACAUUGCCAACACCAUGGAUCCCCGUGUGGACAGUGACCGCAGCAACCUGGGCACUCACGGUGCUCACUACACCACCGCUGGUACUACCUCGACUGGCCUAGGCUCCCACACCUCCUCUACCGGCUUCGGUUCCGGCAUGGCUACUGGCACAGGCGCCAAUGCUUACGAGUCUACUCGCUCUUCUAACCACGGCCCUCAUGACAGCAACAUGGCCAACACCAUGGACCCUCGCGUUGACAGUGACCGUAGCAACAUGGGCACUCACGGCUCCCACCAUCACUCCACCGGCCACUCUACCGGCCUGGGUGUUGGGGCUGCUGCCGGUGCUGCUGCAGGCGCCUACGGCCACCACGAGUCAAACCGCUCCUCCAACCACGGCCCUCACGACAGCAAUAUUGCCAAUAAGGUCGACCCCCGUGUUGACAGCGACCGUGACAACAGUGCUGCCUACGGCUCUCACACCGCUGCUACCGGCCUUGGCUCAACCGGCACGACCAGCCUGACCGGCCACCACGGUACCCUGGGAGAUCGCUCUCAGCACGCUGCCACCCACUCGACCGCCACCGGCCCUGCCAGCUCGACCGCCGGCCCCCACGAGAACAACCUCGCCAACAAGGCUGACCCCCGCGUGGACAGCGACCUCAGCAAGGAGCACAGCGGCCGCUUCGAGAAGGAUGUGCACAAGGGCAGCAUUGGCGGUGCCGGUGUGAUCCCCAUCUCUGGCAAUGCCGGUCCUACCUCUACCAAGACCUUCGAAGAGGCUCAGCGUGCCGGCGCUGCCGGUGCGGGUAGCAGCUACAACACCGCUGGCAGUGGCCUUGAGCACAAGAAGACUGCUGGUCCUCACAAGAGUGAUAUGGCUAACAAGCUUGACCCUCGUGUGGACUCGGACCUUGACGGAUCCAAGACCCUUGGUGGAUCGCAGCGCGCUUAA